AUGAUUGAGGUCAGGGGACGUUUCUUGAAGCGCGAAGACCUUGGGUGUCAUGAGUUUCCUAUUCCCGUGCAUGACUGGCCUCCUACUCCUGGGCUGCGCCUCGCCAAGCAACAGGUGCCUCCCACGCAACGGCGAAUGCAUGACGGUCAGAGGCAGACCGUCACGCAAACCCGAGUGUAUGACACUCAGGAUCAAGGGUCACGGGAGUCCAUGACGAAUCCGAACGGCAUGCUACAGUUCAUUUACGUGUGUGCGACCUCACGGACAGCGUGGCCCGGCCUGCCACCUCCCGGGGCCCCAGACACGGAGUCCGGGAGCGGUGAUGGUAUCGUGGACCCCGAGGCUCCGAGACCGCACCUGCCAGACCUGGUCACCCACCAGACGCCGCACACGCAGUUGACAGUGGAGAAUGUGCGGCACCAUGACCAGUUGAUGCAGGGAAAGGACACCGAUUCUUCCGACCCGAAAGUGGCCAAGACCGGCAUUCUCAAGGGAGGGAAACUCUGGAAGAACGGAGACGGCAAGAGAAGCAGAGCCAAGGUCGAAGUCGAAGAAGUCGAGGAGCCGAGACGUUCCGUGAGGUUCUCCGGGCGGGAUGAGUACAGCCUGCUAGAGAACCUGCCGCUCGACAAGAUACCAUUGGAUGCUGCGAACUCGGCAGCGCUAGCCAAGUUCAUGCCGAAGUUGAGGGAGCUCGGGAUGCUGCUGGGGGAGUCGCAGGAGGACUGGCACGUGGAGCUGAGUCCCCUGAACCAAGAAAUGGGAGGCGGAGCCGUCGUCCCAGGCACUGAGCCGUUGCCCGAGGAACAAGAAAAGCAGCCUCCGCCGCAGAUGGAUGAUGAACAGAUCAGCGAGUCGAUGAAACGCUACGAGGAAAUGCGGCGUCGCAUCGCCGUGGCGGAGGGCCGCGACAACACCAGCGUCUGCAGCGACGAAUCUAAGAGCUCGUCGGAUUCGCAGUCGUCAGAUUCCACCAUGACAGAGACAAGAAUAAGAAGACUUGAGAACUCGGAUGUCGCCCACGUUGCCGGCGGCGUGAUGAGGAGCAACAGCGAGGUGAGGAGAGCCAUCGAGCGCAACGCCCUUCGGAGAUCUCUCAUCCGAUUCUCCGAGGCGCGGAAGAAGGACACCAAUAAGAAUGAGAGGAAUGAGAAGGGCGAAACGUCGCUGCUGGAGAAGCUGAAAUGGCUGACUGCUUCGGAAGAUGCAACCAAUGGGAAUAAUGAGGACAGGGAGGGCGAGGACGGCGAGGAUGCGAAGACCGAGCAAGAGAAGCCGAAGGAGGUGGACCCGAAGGUACAGGAAACCAUUGCUCAAUACCGGAAGCUCGCCGAAAUGUUUAACAAGACGACGUCACUUCGAGCCAAUGACAUCUUGGUUCCAGGAGACGUCCGCGAAUGGAAGCUGCAGGCCGAUUUGUUCCCUGAUAAAAAAGACACUUCCAUCGAAAAGGAACCGGAAGAAAUGAGCGACGCUCCUUCAGGCUCCACGACGCCCACUGUGUUCAAGGCUAUCCCAGCGGUGUCGCUUGCUGAUCUCAUCACUGAUGAAGAAAAUGACAAGCUAAUAUACAGUGGCGGCGUGAGAUAUACCCGCGAAGGAACGUUGCCAGCUGCAGAAGAAGGUGGAGAGGAACAAGAGGAAGGAGAGCAACAGGAAUCUACAUCCACCUCGUCGGUAGCAGAUGCCAGAAAGCAAUUCCUUUCACAGAUGGCAAACCAUCCACAAGUGCAACUUGUUAAUGGAGUAGCCACUCAUUCACGAGACAGGUCAUCCCUUGCAUCAAAUUCUGAUUCAUAUACAUUUGAUGACAUUGACGAAGCCUUGCAUGAUGACCGCUCCUCUUCGGUACCUUCCUCCUCACAGUCGUCCCCCCGGCUGUCUGGCAGGAGUGAUGUUGAUGGGACGAGCACCACAGAGAGUGGAUACAGCAGCAAUGAGACAAACGGGGAGCUCUGUCCUGUCAAUGGGUUGCCAAUGACAGGGGCACAACUUCUUGGAUUACCUGCAAGUGGCAUUGACAUAGAUGAAUUGGCAGAAUUUGUCCGGCAGGAUGCAGGAAGGAUUGAGCGUCUUCGCAGGAGGUAUGACGCUGGGGAAGUGGAGGAUCAUGGCUUUAAUCGGCGGCCGUCAGUAAGAGGGAUCAAACCAAGGUUUGGUUCUACCACAGAUUUACUGAAACAGAUGGCUACACAACUGGCCCCACCAGCGAUGGCUCAGCCAGGUAUGGCAGGAUCCCACAUGACUUGGCCAUACAGAGAAAGUGGAGAGGAGGACGGUUCUGUUCCUCAGAGGCGGAGAGCAGCUCCAAACAGAGCAGUUCUUCCAGCACUGCAAGAAGAUAUACUGUAUGUGCCUACAUCUGACCUUUCUCCACAAGCAGCUCAACCGUCAGUAUCAACAGCUGUAGCCACCCCCACUUCACUCACGCACACAAAGACUCCACGUGUGGUCCAUGUCUACUCUAGCACAGGUGACCUAAGAGCUCCACCACCACCUCGGCUGAUCGCUCCAAGAGAGUCUCCUCCCCCAGAUUUGAUUCGACCGGGGGCCACUCCAGCUCCACCUCGUGCUCACACCCAUGUGUCAAUGCCACAUCAUGGCUCUGUGCAGAGUCUGGGCAUGCCUCCGCAAAUGCCAGCACCAAAUGUGCACGACCAUCAUUAUCAAACUUGCAGAAGACCUGCAUCCGUGCAUGGUCAUGUGCCAGCUGAUGCUCUUGUGACGAGGGGAGUACUUCCUCCACCUGUUGCACGUCCUCAUUCCACACUCUCUCACUAUCCUCCUCCGCGUGUCCCCGCUCAUUAUCACCCCUAUGAAGAGCCUCCACUCCAGCGUGCUCCAUAUGAUGGUGGACAUCCACCUCUGGCUCAGCGUGGAUCUUACCCGGGUACAAUACCUCCUCCACAGUAUCAUCAACAGAUGCUUCAACCAGAUCUGGGAAGAUACCCCAACCCUCCCAGUUAUGGAUCACAACACCCACAUUCACGUCCUCCAGUAGCCUCUCCACGAGAAGGGGUGCCUUACUCACGCACACCACAUCCACAGGCACACCCUCUUCCUCAGGUAUCUCCCAUAGCCCCAGGACCAGUCCAGGUGCACCAGUGUGGCCCAAGACACCCUCCACCACCAAGAAUGGUGGGUGGGACUGUGACUGAACAAGCUUGUUCAACCGUAUGGUCACAUCAUCCACCACCACCCCACAUUCACCAAAGCUACCCACCUCACCCAGUGUCUAGUCACCUGAGUUACACCACACCUAUUGUGCCCGAAAGUGGUAUAUCUGUCAGGCCAAGCGGAGCUGUCAUUGGUCCUCCAAUAGGUCCUCCUAUUGGGCCGCCUCUCAUUAAUGGGAAUGUCGGGAAAUUAGAAGGCCUGAGAGAUGAACGGGGUGUCCCAGAGGGAGCAUCAUCAUCUCCACGAGGUCCAAUAGACCCACAGUAUCCUCCUUCUCACACCUCUCCAACCCAUGAAACAAACAUCCUUCACAGGCAUCCCCCACCACCGAUGAACAUGACCUGAGAGAUUCCUGACCGUUCUGGUUUCUGAUUUGCCCUGUGCAGUCAAAUUGUUGCCUAGCUAAGUUCGAGUCUUGGCACCAGGCUGAAUUUCAUCCCGGUACUGGCUGGUCCAGCCCGGAACACAAGGCUAUGAACCAGAAGGACCUAAGGCACUGUUGAGAGACUUUGAUCAAAUAAAAAUGCUCAUUAAUUGAA